AUGCUGGGGGAAAGAGAGGUCCAAAUCCUAGCGAGGGAGAUCAGGAAAGAGGACCGAUUAUUCAAGGACCUUCUUUUUGUAUCCAAUUUUGCCUCUGUAUACCAUUACAGUGGAGAAUGGGAUAAGCUGAACAUUGAAGGAACGUUUGUGAUGUACAGUAGGGCAUGCCAUCCUUUUGUUGGGAUCUAUGUAUUCAACAGAAAGAGCCUCAAGGACUUUUGCCUCCAUUUGACAAAAGAGACUUCCUUUGGAGUGAAAAAGAACUUUAUGACCAUAAAUAAAGGAGGGAUGGAUGGGACUCAUGGACUCUGGUUUCAUAAUGACUCCCAUCCUCAGGAGGUUUUGAAGCGUUUAGAAGAGUUUCUGUGA